AGAAAAAGAAAAAAAAAAAAAAAGAACAGGCUUCAGCACAGAGAAGUGAAAUGCUUUGCCCAAGGCCACACAGGUGCUUAGGGGACAUGGAAGCGAAAAGGGGAGAUGGCGGGGAUCAGGGGGGCAUUUGUUACGCAGCUGAUAUGAGGAUGGCCCGAUGAUGUUGACUUUUCUUCUAGAACAAGGUGUUAACUUUUUCUGUAAAAGACCAGGUAGUAAAUACAUUUUUUUCUUUGAGGGCUGCAUGGUCUGUGUCAUUCCUAUUUACUUCUUGACCGUGGCCCUAAACAGUUUCAUAGACAAUAGUCAAUGAAUGGACAUGGCUGUGUUUAAAUAAAACUUUAUUUGUGGACACUGAAGUUGAAUUAUGUAUAUUUUGUCUGAUUCGCAAAGUAUUAAUCAUCUCUGCUUUUUUUUUUUCUUCAACCAUUUAAAGAGGUACAAACCAUUCUUAGCUGGAGGGCUGUAGGAAAACAAGCUGCAGGCUGGAUUUGACCUGUGAGCCAUGGUUUUGCACACAUGUUUUAGAAUAUCUGGGUUCUCCUUCUUUCUCUCUCUCUUUUUUUCCCUGGCUGGAAUCAGUUCUCCUCCAUUGUGUCAAACACAUGAACCGAGUCCCAAAGAGUCUUGGCACGCCUGGGAGUGACGGAGCGUCUUCUCUUUCCUCUUUCUUCAUCUUUCUUGGUUUCUCUUUGCUCCCAGACACUCACUUUGCACCUGAGCCUUGAGAAAGCUGCGUGGUUGUUCUUCACUCAGGGGUCCCUGAGGUGGCCUUAUCUCUGCUCAUCAUGCAUGGUCUUAAAAGGGGUUCUCUUUUGGUCACCGAAUAAGAAAUGCCUCCCUGUGAACCUGGAUCGUUGUGAAAAAGCAUCACUUUAUCCUAACCUUUUGCCAUAAGCGUUUCAAAGCACUUUCUCGUAUAAGCCCCGUGAGGGCCUAGUUUUUUGCUGCUGUGUUCAGUGCUAUAUCAGCCAGGAUGGUCCGUGGUGCCUGAUGGGUUCUUAUUGGACUUGACAAGCCAUCUGGUUCUCAUAAGCCACAGAAACGGUGCAGAUAUGGUGCAGCCGGGCAGCACAAAGCAUUUUCCUAGUCGGUGUCCUAGCUUAGCCCUUCCACUAGAGAAGGGAAGUAGUGGAGGCUCAGAGUGGCCCCUGACUUGCCUAAGUCCCCUGAUUGGCCAUUGGGGAGGCCAGGACUAGUGCUUCUUUACUCAGCUAUAGGCUCCCUAAUUCCACCCCCCCCCCGCGCGCAUCUUUAGGUCUUGCUCUGUGUAUGCACUUCCGAGUCUUGCUUUUAGAAGAGCGUGUGAUCCCCGAGAGACUUUGUUUACCAAGCUGCAGCAAAUCCCUUAUCACUUCAAGGAUUUUGAGUUUUUUCCAUGAGCUGUGUACCACCUGUGCUGUUAUUGACUUAAUUUUUUUCUAUAAAUGGAUUCGUGCUUCUUUUUAACUUUAAAAAAUGUCAUGAAAUGGCAACUGUAUUUCACUACCGUGAUAGAAAACCGGGGUCACUUGAUAUAGACAGAAGGCGACUGGAAAAAUAAACACAAUGAGAAUAAUGCCACAUUCUUGGAUUCUAGCUGGCUAGGCGGUUCUGCGAGGCUCUGAGCUGAGGUCUGCUCAGGAUAAAAGGGAAGAGGGGGUGGGAUCUGCCACUGCUAGAAGGAUGUGAUGUGGAGUUCCCUGGCGGCUUAGCAGGUUAAGGACCUGGUGUUUUCACUGCUGUGGCUGAGUUCCAUCCCUGGCCUGGGAACUUCUGCAUGUGGGGCUGGUCGGGUGGGGGGGGGUGGAAGAUGUUACAUACAGUGGUACCAAAUUAAAGGGCGGGGGAAGAAAGAUGUUACAUGCAAUGGGACCAAAUUAAGACUCCUUGCAAGAGAAUUGAAAAAGAGAGUUACCUUUGCCCCUCUUGAUUCAAAGUUCUGAGUUCAAGGGGAGACGCUCCCUAACCCACCUGGCUUACUUGGCCCAUUUUGGAAAGCCAUUAGGACUCUUCCCUGGAAGAUGGGGAGGGAGGCUGUGCCUUGGGAACUAGAGAGGAAGAAGCUGGGGUGGGGGUGGGGCUGACGAUGAGAGGGAGCCCCUCCCUCCUUCCCCCCCCCAGGACCAGAUUUUGGCUUCCCUGCCGCUCCCUCUAUUUGUGGGUGGUUGUCUGAAGCUCCCCACUAUCACCAUUGGAGCAGAACUGGAAGGUAGGGCCUCUGGGAGGGCGGGCGAGCCCAGCCACAUCCGCGCUGCGCCCGCCUGCCUGUUAGCUAAUCGUGUCCUUUUGGGUUGGCUUCAUGGCUAUUUCUGUCGAGGAAGGUUUGCUCCUCUCCUGAAGUGUGGCUGCAUUGGAUAGCAUGACUAUCUAUCCCUCUGCUCUGAUUCAUAGCAGCAGAGGGUGCACAUCAAAUCGAAAUGCUAAAGUUUCCCAUCUAUUCGGUGUUGGUUAGCCAGGAGGCUACCAGCAACCUGGAAGGUAGCAACACCUUGUUAGGAAGUCAACCCCCUUCCCAGGAUGGGCAGUUGGAACCUUUAAAUGAGGGGUUUCUUUCUAGAAUCUCCGACCUGCUGCUCUGCAGAUGGACUUGCAGGCACUGCUGUCAGAAGUGCUAUGAGUCCAGCUGUUGCCAGUCGAGUGAGGAUGAAGUUGAAAUUCUGGGACCUUUCCCUGCCCAGACGCCUCCCUGGCUGUUGGCCAGCCGGAGCAGCGACAAGGACGGGGACUCUGUCCACACAGCCAGUGAAGUCCCCCUGACCCCACGGACCGACUCCCCAGAUCGCAGAUGCUCGUCCUCAGACACAUCUAAGUCUACAUACAGCCUGACCCGGAGGAUUUCAAGUCUCGAGUCCAGACGACCCAGCUCCCCUCUCAUCGAUAUUAAACCCAUCGAGUUCGGCGUUCUCAGCGCCAAGAAAGAACCCAUCCAGCCCUCGGUGCUCAGGCGGACCUAUACCCCGGAUGACUAUUUCCGGAAGUUCGAGCCCCGCCUCUACUCCCUCGACGCCAACAGUGAUGACGUGGACUUCCUGACGGACGCGGAGAUCCUGUCCAAGUACCAGCUGGGCAUGCUGCACUUCAGCACCCAGUACGACCUGCUGCACAACCAGCUGACGGUGCGCGUGAUCGAGGCCAGGGACCUGCCGCCCCCCAUCUCCCACGACGGCGCGCGCCAGGACAUGGCGCAUUCUAACCCCUACGUCAAGAUCUGCCUCCUCCCGGACCAGAAGAACUCCAAGCAGACCGGGGUCAAGCGCAAGACCCAGAAGCCCGUGUUCGAGGAGCGCUACACCUUCGAGAUCCCCUUCCUGGAGGCGCAGAGGAGGACCCUGCUCCUGACCGUGCUGGACUUUGACAAGUUCUCGCGCCACUGUGUCAUUGGCAAGGUGGCUGUGCCUCUGUGUGAGGUCGACCUGGUGAAAGGCGGACACUGGUGGAAGGCGCUGAUUCCCAGUUCUCAGAACGAGGUAGAACUGGGGGAGCUGCUUCUGUCACUGAAUUAUCUCCCGAGCGCUGGGAGACUGAAUGUCGAUGUCAUUCGAGCCAAGCAACUUCUACAGACAGAUGUCAGCCAAGGUUCAGACCCCUUUGUGAAAAUCCAGCUGGUUCAUGGACUCAAGCUUGUGAAAACCAAGAAGACAUCGUUCUUAAGAGGCACAAUUGAUCCUUUCUACAACGAAUCCUUCAGCUUCAAAGUACCCCAAGAAGAACUGGAAAAUGCCAGCCUAGUGUUUACAGUGUUCGGCCACAACAUGAAGAGCAGCAACGACUUCAUCGGCAGGAUCGUGAUCGGCCAGUACUCUUCCGGCGCCUCCGAAUCCAACCACUGGAGGCGGAUGCUCAACGCCCACCGCACGGCCGUGGAGCAGUGGCAUAGCCUGCGGUCCCGGGCCGAGUGUGACCGCGUGUCUCCUGCCUCGCUGGAGGUGACCUGAAGGCUGCAGGGAAAGCAGCUUUUGAUUAUGAGACAAGGACGAAAGGACGGAAACUUUAAGACAAAACAAUAUGCCAUAUUCCUGUAACACCCACACCUGCACACACACACACACACACACACACCUCCUCUCAGAACUGGGAGGAAGCUGACUAUUGAUCACAAACCAGCUGCCCUAAGGACUGAGGUCUGAGAACUUUCCAGAAGCCCCGUCCGUAGGUCAUGUGCGGAGUGGGCUCUGCUAUGAGACUUCUGGGCAGCGCCUGCUCUUGUUGAUACCCCCCUCACCCCCCCAAAUGCACUUUCACCCCUCGGGCCAGAGAAAGGACCUCCCCAAGGGUGCCAGCCUCCACGAAGACGAAAUUCGCCAAGGGUUUGGCCCGUGUUGGAAGGCCCAAUGCCCGUGCCCAAAAGGCACACACCCACUGGGUGACUCUGGAACGGGCUGCGCUUCCCCGGGGUUCUUCACACCUGUCCCUUUCCCCCCAAAGUGUAAGUAUUCAGUCUUCUCUUUAGUGGACGUGAUAAAUAGCUUAGACUAUUUGGAGAAACCAAAUGGCAGCAAAAACAUCCCGGUGUCAGAAACCUCUCCUGCUUAACUGGAUCCCUCCCUGUGUUAGCUUCUUCCUGAAGCCCCUGUGUGUGUGUGUGUGUGUGUGUGUGUGUGUGUGUGCGCGCGCGCGCACGUCCGUGUCCGUGUGCGUGCACAUGUGCCCUCACAGGUGAGCCUGUGUGUGCCCUUGGUGAGGAAGGUGCCUGACCAGGGCCUCAGUCUUGGGCACCUCCUUUCCUUUGCCUGUCCUGUCAGUGACAUUUCACCCCGGUGUCCUCCUGUCUGUCCGGACCCCACCUGCAGUCGCAGUAGCGUGUGUGAAUUUCAAGUUAAUAGACUCCGAUGAGGCAGAAGUAACUUUUUUUAUGAUUUUCAAAUGUUUUCCUUUUUUUAGGUUUUUAUUUUUUCUAUUAUGGUUGAUUUACAUUGUUCUGUCGAUUUCUGCUGUGUAGCAGAGUGACCCAGUCAUGUGUGUGUGUGUGUACAUAUAGACACAUACAUGCUUUCUCUCCCAUUCUCCUCCGUCAGGCUCCAUCACAAGUGACGGGAUACAGUUCCCCGUGCUAUACGGCAGGUUCGCAUUGCUUCUCCAUUCUAAAGGCAAUAGUUUGCAUCCACUAACCCCAGACUCCCCGUCCAUCCCACUCCCUCCCUCCCUCACCCCUUGGCAACCACAAGUCUGUUCUCCAAGUCCAUGAGUUGGUUUCUUUUCCAUAGAAAGGUUCAUUUGUGCCGUGUAUUAGAUUCCAGAUAUAAGUGAAAUCAUAUGGUAUUUGUCUUUCUCUUGCUGACUUCACUUAGUGUGAGAGUCUCUAGUUCCAUCCAGGUUGCUGCACAUGGCAUUCUUUUGUUCUUUUUUUCUGGCUGAGCGGUGUUCCAUUGUCUGUCUAGACCACAUCGUCUUCAUUCAUCCAUCUCUCGAUGGACAUUUUGGUUGUUUCCACACAAGUGACAUUUUUUGAUAGAAUCAUGGUGAUUGUGACUCACGGACCCGCUAAGGACAGUUAGGUGGAGUAAAACGGCCACUGCACCCAGAGCCGCCCAGUCCAUGUCACACUCUGGGGACCACCUCUGUGUUUGUGUGUGAACCCAAGUUGUUCCUCUCAUGCUAAGAAAAUAGUGCAAUUAGAAUAGAUCUCUCUCUCUCUCCUCUCUAUUGGCUGCUUCUGUAUCUUUUCCCACAGCAUAUUGUCUGGUAUCAUGGGGAGCUAUUUAUUGAAAUUAAAGAUUAUUUAUUUGGGCCAUG